AUUAACCCUAAACCAUUACAAUUCGCCUCUUCUUCUUUCAUCAUCAUCAUCAUCAUCUUGCUCUAUACAAUUCUCUUUAACUAUCGGAUUCUUAAUUGUUUGUUCGAGAGAAAUCAUACAUACCAAACCUUGAAUUGAAAACUGAAUGUUCUAAUGGAGACCAAAGGUGGGAAAAAGUCUAGUAGUAGUAGUAAAUCUUUAUUUUAUGAAGCUCCCCUAGGAUACAGCAUUGAAGACGUUCGACCAAACGGAGGAAUCAAGAAGUUCAGAUCGGCUGCUUACUCCAACUGCGCUCGCAAACCAUCCUGAUAUAGCUUGAGUUAGGUUCCCUUCACGUCGAUUGACGUGCUUUUAAUUUACUGCUUUCCAAUUAGUUUAGUAUUAGCACCCUUUUUCCUCCUUUUCUUCUGUUCUCGGAUUCUUUUGUCAUUGCUCCCUUGGUGGUUAAGUUGUUCCCUAGAAAGAAAUGGCGCAGGCAGUUUCUGCAAUUGGUUUUGAAGGUUAUGAAAAGAGGCUCGAAAUAACGUUUGUUGAGCCAAGCAUCUUUGCUGAUCCUGAAGGGCAGGGUCUCCGGGCGCUUUCUAAAGCCCAACUGGAUGAGAUUCUGAACCCAGCUGAAUGCACAAUAGUCUCUUCGUUGUCAAACGACCAGGUAGACUCAUACGUUCUAUCUGAGUCUAGUCUAUUUGUUUUCCCGUACAAGAUCGUCAUCAAAACUUGUGGGACAACCAAGCUGCUUUUGUCGAUCCCGCCCAUUAUGAAGCUUGCUGACUCCAUCUCCCUCACUGUCCGGUCAGUGAGGUACACCCGUGGUAGCUUCAUCUUCCCUGGUGCGCAGUCCUACCCACAUCGCAGCUUCUCCGAAGAAGUUUCUGUGCUCGAUGGUCAUUUCGAGAAGCUUGGUUUGAGCAGCAAAGCGUACGUGAUGGGUGGUUUCGACAAACCCCAAAAAUGGUUCAUUUAUUCUGCUUCGGCUGGACCUGUAUCCUCUGGAGAUCCUGUCUACACACUGGAGAUGUGCAUGACUAGUUUGGACAGGGAGAAGGCAUCUGUCUUCUACAAGACUCAAUGGAGCUCUGCUGGAACCAUGACGAACGACUCUGGUAUACGAAAGAUACUCCCAGACUCGGACAUCUGCGAUUUUGAGUUCGAGCCAUGUGGUUAUUCCAUGAAUGCAAUUGAAGAUGGUGCGAUCUCAACCAUUCAUGUGACCCCUGAAGAUGGUUUCAGUUAUGCUAGCUUUGAGGCAGUUGGGUACGAUCUAAAAGCAGUGAGCCUGGAGAAGAUGGUUGAAAGGGUGCUGGCGUGUUUUGAACCAGGUGAAUUCUCGAUUGCUGUUGGUGCAGCCGUGGCAUCAAAGUCUCUCGAGAAGACAUGCUGGAUUGAUGUGGAUGGAUACAGCGUGGAAGAGACGUGCGGUGAAGAACUGGGCGGAGAAGGUUCAAUCAUUUACCAGAAGUUUGUGAAGAAAGAUGGGAGCUGCUGUGGUUCUCCUCGAUCUGUUUUGAAAAGUGGGAGCUGGAAAGAGAAGGAGAAUGAAGAAAAGGAGUAAGAGUAGAUUUAGUAGUAAGUAAUGAAGAAGGGUUGUGUCUUGUGUUAUGUUGAAUAAGAGUCGUAUGGCUGCUGUUUGUUUCCUUUGGACUGUUGCGUUUUUUGAUUUCUGUUUAAAACAUUGGAUGGAUAAUGAUGCUGCUUAUGAUUUUAUUUUAGUUUAGUUUUUGAUAUUC